UACACGAGGUUCAGGAGAAGUGUAAGGUCAUCGACACAUCGAUCUUGUUGCUGUAGUCACCGAUCUCGAUCUCUACGCAGGAGGCUGCCGGGCGUUUUUUUCUUUUGCGCAGGUGGGGGACUACAACCCCGAGGACCAGCGAGACAUCGCGCCGCACCCGUCCUCCGGGAUGAGGGAGGAGAGCCGGAUCAGGACGCACGAGUCGGUGGACAACUACCAAAAGUCUGUGCUCGCAACGAUUCAUGGGACAGGGCACACUCGCUGUACGAGAUGGGGUGCAAGCCGCCCAAGAAGCUUCUGAAACUUGUGCGCCUGACGCGCUCCGCUGGGAUCCGCAAGAAUCAGUUUCAGUUUGGUGAGGUGAUCAUUGGGCGGUCUGGCAUGCUUGUGGAGUUCAUGACGACGCGCCUGGAGGUACCUUGGCGAGCAGCUCGCAUUCACGGUGGAGAACGUGAGGAAGUUGAACUAGACGAAGCCCGAGUUCGUUCACGUUUCCGCGGACGAGGGGCGCUACCCGACGUCCGUGAGCAUAUGUCUGGAUAUUUGACGCGGGCUCUGAUUGACGGCGAGAUGGAGUCAAAGAAAGGGCCGCAGUUUUGGGUGGACAAAGUAAAGGAGUACUUCGGCAUUGACACGAGCAGCCACGAUAACUUUGAGUGCAUGCAGGAUAUGCAAUGUCCGGGUUAUGGAUACGAAGGGUUCCUUGGGUACACAACCUGGUUUAUCUUUACCGCACAGCUGAUGAAGAUUAUCCCGAAGGAAAUCGGAGACCACAAUGUGAGCAAGUGUAUCCUCAACAACGAUAUGGCGCUAAUCGUGGAGCAGCAGCGCUGGACGGUGGAGAACAAGGGGUACAUGUAUCCGACGAUGAUGGACGUUGCUGUGAAGGUGAUGGUCGCGCCACCAACGAGGAAGUACUUUUGCGCGCCUGGAGUGUCGCUACCUGUGCAACAGGGCCUAGGCGAGAAUGUGUGCCUGCUAGCCAUGUGCUGUGCUGCUGAUGGCGAUACUGUGCGUGGCGAAUGCUUCCCUCCUUUCCCUGAUCUCCGGGCUUUCCAUGUGACUGUCGUGCUUGCUCUCUCGCUCUUUGCUUGGCAUUCAUGCCUGUGUAGCGGGCGUGCAGUUUCUGCUGUGCACCGUGUAAGUGUGUGGGGUGCCACACGCGUUUGUGUGGGGCGCAGGCAUGUCUUGCCUGGCUGCCACUGUGUGUAUGUUGCUCUGUGUGUGCAUGACUGA